CGGCAGGGGGCGGGACCUGACUGUCCCGUUUAAAGUGUGUGUGAACCUUCACUUGACGUCUAGUCUCUCUGUCCGGGUGCACACGGAUUGACCACUCCUUUGGGCUUUUCUUUUAUCCUUGGAUAUUUGGGGGGGAAAGCUAAUCCACAAACAUGACUGACGCGCAACAAGAGGCCCGCUCCUACCUGAGCGAGGAGAUGCUGGCCGAGUUCAAGGCCGCUUUCGACAUGUUCGACACCGACGGUGGCGGUGACAUCAGCACCAAGGAGUUGGGUCAGGUGAUGAGGAUGCUGGGCCAGAACCCGACAAGAGAGGAGUUGGAUGAGAUCAUCGAGGAGGUCGACGAGGAUGGUAGCGGUACCAUUGACUUCGAGGAGUUCUUGGUCAUGAUGGUGAGACUGCUAAAGGAGGACCAGGCCGGCAAGAGCGAGGAAGAGCUGGCGGAGUGCUUCCGCGUGUUCGACAAGAACGGUGACGGCUACAUCGACAGAGAGGAGUUCGCCCUCAUCAUCCGCAGCACCGGCGAGCCCAUCUCAGAGGAUGAGGUUGACGAGCUGAUGAAGGAUGGAGACAAGAACGCUGACGGCAUGCUGGACUUUGACGAAUUCCUCAAGAUGAUGGAGAAUGUGCAGUAGAACCAGAAAGACUCAUGGACAUUCCUCCUCCCCACCCUGUGAACCCCCCACUCUGAACACACACUCCCCCUUUGACCCACUAAACCCUUUAUCCAACAUCAGCCAUCCACCCACUCAAUCUCCGCCCUCCUGUCCACCUGGUUCACUGCCUCUCUCCUCCAUCCUUAUAGCCAUCCUCCACAGACAGCUAGGACACCCAGCUGGGGUUGGGAGGGGGUUCGCCACUGGCUGGGUUACACUCUACCCCAGCUUGAUUUUGAAUGCACACGGCCUGUGGAUGCUGCGCAGACACUGUACUUCAUGACAGGACGGUAAGGCUACAGUGGGGAAAAUGCAAGGCACACGGCCUUUGCACUGCGAAUGCCGUCACGUGUCACCUGCGACACCUGCCCCCCCACUCCCCUCCCAACUCCGUUGGUAAAGCUCUGAUCUGGAUGUAGUCUAGAUAGAAUAGCAGCCUGUCACCUGCUGCUUAGACCAAUUCAUUCAACCACUUCACUGUACAAGGAGUGUUUUGCUUGAACAGAAUAAAUGAACUAACACAUGCUCACUUGUAGUUGGUCUGUCAUAUUUAUGGUCCGUGUAAAAAAAAAAUUUGCUUUGAGGAAUAUCAAUAAAAUCUAUUUGUUUCUUC